UUUUCUGGCUUCAAUGGCUGUCCUGUCCUGUCACCUUAUCUGAAAGUGAGCUGUAAUGCAAGAGAAGAAUAAAAGCUACAUCUGUUUGCUCGUGCCUCCUUUUUGUAGCUUCAGAACUUACGCCUACUUGUUUUCCUUCUCCAUCUUCCUAACAUUUCCAUCUCUUUUUUUUUUCUGAGGUACUUCCUCCAUUCACCAAUCUGAAAGUCCUUGGCCUUUGCACUGUUCUAAAUUCAUCCUUUACAAGAAAGAUGGUUGAAGCAUAUGCCUUGAACCAGAAGAUCAAUGGCCACGUGGGCGAUGAAGAUGAACACACAACCAGGAAACAAAGAACAAAACCUCUGACUAGAUCUCAAUUUUUCACACGCAGCAUCUCUGGAGCUGCAGAAUUUUCUAUCAAGCGUAGAUCAAUCGUAGUCUACCGUGCGGGAUUCUUCUACUAAUCCAUGUAUGUAAAGAGACAAAAGAAUUAGUCAGCGUCUCUGUUCUUCGAAAUUUUCUCAGAAUCGCUUGGAUUAGGGACCCUUUUCUUAAAUCUGAAAAGGGUUGUGAUUCGUGUUGGAUCGACCAAGUAUUAUUAGGGUUCUUCUUCUUCUUCGGUGUUGUUAAAUAAGAGCGAUGGAGAAGAGAAAGGCCGCUGUUCCGCUUGUGUGCCAUGGACAUUCAAGGCCUGUUGUGGAUUUGUCCUACAGUCCAGUAACUCCAGAUGGCUUCUUCCUCAUCAGCGCAAGCAAGGAUUCCCACCCGAUGUUGAGAAAUGGGGAAACCGGCGAUUGGAUUGGUACAUUCGAAGGGCACAAAGGUGCGGUGUGGAGUUCUUGCCUGGAUACAAAUGCAUUACGUGCUGCAUCUGCAUCGGCCGAUUUUUCAGCGAAACUUUGGGAUGCAUUGACCGGGGAUGAACUGCAUUCUUUCGAGCACAAGCAUAUUGUUCGAGCCUGUGCCUUCUCAGAGGAUACACACCUGCUUGUCACCGGAGGACUCGAGAAAAUUCUCCGUAUAUUUGAUUUGAAUCGUUUGGAUGCACCUCCAGGGGAGGUUGAUAAAUCUCCUGGAUCUAUCAGAACUGUUACAUGGCUUCAUAGUGAUCAAACAAUACUAAGUUCUUGCACUGAUAUCGGUGGGGUGAGAUUGUGGGAUGUAAGGAGUGGAAGGAUUGUCCAAACUCUAGAAACCAAGUCACCUGUCACCAGCGCUGAAGUUAGCCGAGAUGGCCGGUAUAUCACUACCGCUGAUGGGUCCACCGUUAAAUUCUGGGAUGCAAACCAUUUUGGACUGGUGAAGAGCUACAACAUGCCAUGCACUGUUGAGUCUGCAUCGCUGGAAACGAAAUCCGGUAACAAAUUCGUUGCUGGCGGAGAAGAUAUGUGGGUUCGAGUGUUUGAUUUCCAUACUGGCGAGGAAAUCGGAUGCAAUAAGGGUCACCAUGGUCCGGUGCACUGCGUGAGGUUUUCGCCGACAGGUGAAUCCUAUGCCUCGGGAUCCGAGGAUGGAACCAUCAGGAUCUGGCAGACGGGUCCUUCGAAUCCCGAGGACAUCGAAGCAAGCACCGGGAGAGCAAAGCAGACAGCCGAUGAAGUUGCCCGUAAGAUCGAAGGGUUUCACAUCGACAAGGAAGAGAGAACUGCGGAGAAACCAUCCGAUGCCUAAGGAGAAGAAAGACCUGGAUUCUGUCUUUGGCCUCGAAUUAGGGGGGGGGG